CAACAUAGAUGAAAGCUACAAAAGCUGUAAUGAGGGGACAGCUCAGGGAGAGUCAUAGUUAAAAAAAUAACUGUGCCUGUAAAAGAUGGAUCCACUAGCUCUAGCUGCAGCCGGCUAACAGAAACGAUCUCCUAGCAAAAAUCUAAGACUUUUCUCUCUCAAAAUACCUUCACUAGAAUUCAUCACUUAGGCAAUGCCUAUGUCCUUUAUUUGUCCCUUGUCUCCCACCCCCCUAAACCUUUUCCUCUCUAUAAUAUAUCAUCAUCUACCCUUCGUCUUCCUUGCUCACUAAGCGUUCCCACUAUUUCUAGAGAAAUUUUUAGAAUUUCUAUAUCAUGGAAUCGUCAAACCAACAUGAUGAAGACUCGAAGAGCUCAAGCGACGAAGAAAUUACUGAUCGAUCCUAUCAAGAUACAGGCACCGGCCGGUCCUAUGAGUGUGUUUUUUGCAAGAGAGGCUUUACUACCGCUCAGGCUUUGGGAGGACAUAUGAAUAUUCAUAGGAAAGAUAGAGCCAAGUCAAGGCCUAGCUCAGUUCCUUCCUUUUCAAGCAAAGUUGAUGAGGAUUUUCCCAGUUUUCGAGGCUACCCUCCCCUUCAAAGUUACCCACCUCACUAUCCUACAACUCACGAGGUACAUACGAAUUACCAAACAUUUUUUCCGUUAUCCUCGACAUGGGGUAUGGGAUCCCCAUAUGCACAACAACACAAUGGUGAUUUCUAUGCACAAACUCCACAGCAUUUGUAUCCAUUCGGAGAAGAUAUUAGGAGAGGGAGUCUAAGCCAGCAAAUCGAUCCAUCCCAUGUAGAUGAUAAUACCAAAGAAAAAAUAGAAGACGGCAGUGAAGCAGAUGAUGAUUUGGAUUUGGAGCUUAGACUUGGUCAUGAUCCAUAAUAUUCUAUCUAGGUAUUUCAACUUAAUUACUGUGUGUUUAUUUUAUUGUAAAGCUGUGGAUUUUUCAAUGUUUCAAGCGAGUGCAAAGCAUUUAUGAUGUUUAAUUAGUUUGCUUUAGUAAGUACUAGAUUUAUGGAAUGUAUGUUUGUGGCAAUUGAUGUACCUAGAAAGACAUUUGUAGAGCUAGGGAGAAGGAACGUUUUUCCUUCUCUGGUACCUCAAAGAAGGAUGAGGGGGAGUACUGGCUCAUUCUAAGAUCAUCAAUUGCAGGUUACUACUGAUGUUGAAGGAGGUUUUGUCUACCCUUCAUUUAGUAUCCAAUAACCCUAGAUUCAUUUAGGGUUCUGUAAGAUUUCUUUGCUUUAAAUGUGUUAUCAAUUUAAGAUGUAAUAUUUAAACAGUACUUAAUAAACUUUCGCAUUAUUUCAUGAA